CCUGGCAAACAUUAUUUCUGAAUUGAAUUCGUAAAAUUUUACGAAAACAUGUGAAUUCUUUUAAAAUCCAAUAUGUUAUUACAGAAGUAGUUUUCGUUCCUCAAAUAUAUACAAUAUGGCUCGUCACCGCAAUGUAAGAAAUCGGAACUAUUCCGAUGAUUAUGACUACGACGACGUUUAUGGACAUUCUGUUGAGGAAGACAGCUGUAUGUCUCCUAGCGAUGCGGAACAGUGGAUGUAUGAUCGUUCCCGCAACCAGCAGGCCGUGGCUAACUUCCUAGAUAGCCGAAAUGAUAUUCAAGAAGAGACUGAGGAGCAGACCGAAGCUGCACAUCGAAGUUUCGAGCGGCGCGAAUCUGUAGACCUGCGCGGACUAAAUUUAAGUGAAGACGAUGAAGCAAAGCUGAUGUCAUGUCUCGACGAACUCCGCAACGUGUUUGGGGACACAAUCCCUGAAAACAUACUAGUGCACUCAGUGCUCAAACAUAGUUUUAAUUAUGAUAAAGCAUUGGAUGAAAUUCUUAAUAAUAAGACUAAAGAAGACGAACCGCAAAAGGCAGUACCUCUGGCUCCUGUUAUUAUUGAACCUGUGAAAGCACCUGUCAUAGUCACAGUUGAUAACACUCCAAAAGUGAUCACUACAAAAGUUGAACCUCAUAAAGCAGCUGUAAUUAAGGGCUUUAGAAUUGGUGAUGAGAGUCCGCGAAGUUGCCCACAAACUCCCAGGGAUCAGUCGCCGGCUAGUACUGCUAGAACAGAUCAAGGGGAUGACAAUAAAGUGGUUCUUAAAGUGAAAGAAAACAAAACUGAUCCAACUGCACAGUACAAUACUGAAAGAGGGUCUGAAAAAGAUCAUCUGUAUAUAGUUGUUAUAGGUCAUGUUGAUGCUGGUAAAUCAACUUUGAUGGGUCGUCUUCUAUGUGAGUUAGGGGAAGUAAGCCAACGGACUUUGCACAAAUAUGAACAAGAGAGUAAAAAAAUUGGUAAACAAAGUUUUAUGUAUGCCUGGGUGUUGGAUGAAACAGGCGAAGAGAGAGUACGAGGCAUCACUAUGGAUGUGGGCAGAGCUCAAUUUGAGACUAAAACAAAGAAAGUGAUUAUAUUAGAUGCACCUGGCCAUGCAGAUUUUAUACCUAACAUGAUAACAGGGGCAGGGCAAGCUGAUGUUGCCUUACUUGUUGUGGAUGCUACGCGUGGAGAAUUUGAGUCUGGGUUUGAACUUGGAGGCCAGACUAGAGAGCAUGCUUUACUUGUUAGAUCUCUUGGAGUGAACCAGUUAGCUGUGGCAGUCAAUAAACUUGACACCAGUAAUUGGUCACAGGAAAGGUUUAAUGAGAUAACUAAAAAAUUGAAAGCUUUCCUCAAACAAGCUGGUUUCAAAGAUUCAGAUGUUACCUUUGUGCCUUGCUCAGGUCUAACAGGAGAAAAUCUAGUUAAGGCUCCAGCAGAAGCUGAAUUGCUCAAAUGGUACAGUGGCCCAUGCUUAUUAGAAGUAAUUGACAAAUUUAAUGUUCCUGAGAGGCCUGUGUCUAAGCCAUUCCGUAUGUCAAUUAAUGAUAUAUUCAAGGGCACAGGCUCAGGAUUUUGUGUCGCUGGUCGGGUUGAAAAUGGUGUGAUCAAUAAGGGUGACAAAGUCCUUGUUUGUCCUUCAAAAGAAAUGGCAGAGGUUCGGAGUUUAAGCAUUAAUGAUCUCAUGAGCAAUAUUGCGUUUGCUGGAGACCAAGUUAGUGUGACUUUAUCAGGUAUUGAAAUGCAGAAUGUCGCAGUGGGCUACAUACUUAGUGAUCCUGUUCAGCAGGUUCCAGUUACCACACGCUUUGAAGCAAGAUUAGUAGUUUUCAAUGUAAAGGUUCCUAUUACAAAGGGUUUCCCUGUUCUGAUACACCAUCAGUCACUGGUGGAGUCUGCAAAUAUUGUAAAGCUUAAGGCAUUGUUGAAUAAGAGUACAGGAGAAGUUUUGAAGAAAAAGCCUAGGUGUUUGGGGAAUAAUUCUGUAGCUGUUGUAGAAAUAGAGGUUUCCAGACCAAUAUGUAUUGAACGGUACAAAGAUGUAAAGGAGCUAGGACGUGUGAUGCUGCGUGUUGCUGGUGUGACAAUUGCAGCUGGCCUUGUGACAGAUAUUUUUAACAUUUGAUUGAUCUGAUAUCUGUAUAAUGUCAUAUUAAAAUGCCAAAGUUCCUGACUAAAGAUAUUAUAUAAGGAAAUGUUGUUGUACUAUGCAGGCACUUUGGUAUGUUAAUACAAUGUUAUCUUGUACAAUGUUGUAUCAUGCUAUAGGUAAAUAAAUUAUGAUUAUAAUUAUUGCUAUUUAUCUAAUAGAUAUUACUAAUAAAUCAUAAAAUAUAAA